AUCUCGAUUAACAACUAGCCAUGACUUCCGCCGCCGCCGCCGCCGCCGCCGACUCGGAUUCCGGCGCUCGACAUGUAACCUCCGGUUCGGUAUCCGAAGCAACAGAUCCAGCCGGACCAGCCGCUCAAGGUACUACAACCUCUACUAAAUCCGAAUCCGAAGCAACAGAUCUAUCCACCGCUCAACCGUCCUCCGCCGACCAGACCGAUGAAAACGCCGGCGAAAAUGAAAAGCUAAUGCAGAAAUUGAGGCACACAAGCAGUAGUAGGGAAACUCCAAACAAUAUGGAAGAAUAUGCUCACGCAUCAUACGUUGGGAUCGGAGAAUCAACACGAUCACCUCAUUCCCACAAUGCAGCAAAAGUGACUGUUUUACCCCUCAUAUUCCUUAUUUUCUACGAAGUCUCCGGCGGUCCCUUUGGGGUUGAGGAUACUGUUGGGGCAGCUGGCCCUCUCCUUGCCUUAAUCGGUUUCUUAGUCUUCCCCUUCAUAUGGAGCGUGCCAGAAGCUCUAAUAACUGCUGAAUUGGGCACCAUGUUCCCUGAAGACGGCGGUUAUGUCGUUUGGGUUUCAUCGGCUCUAGGCCCGUUUUGGGGUUUUCAACAGGGUUGGAUGAAAUGGCUUAGUGGAGUAAUUGAUAACGCUCUAUACCCGGUUUUGUUCCUUGAUUAUUUGAAAUCAGGAAUCCCGGUUCUUGCUAGCGGUUAUCCUAGGACUCUAGCGGUUUGGGGUUUGACUGCGGUUCUCACCUUCAUGAACUAUCGGGGUUUAACAAUCGUUGGUUGGGUUGCUGUUCUCAUGGGAUCGAUUUCGUUGCUUCCGUUUGUAGUUAUGAUGUUCAUCUCGAUCCCGAAGUUGAAACCUGAGAGAUGGUUAUUGAUCGAUAUCGAUAACGUUAAUUGGAGUUUAUACCUCAAUACCCUCUUUUGGAAUUUGAAUUAUUGGGAUUCGAUAAGUACUUUGGGAGGGGAGAUUCGAAAUCCUAAGAAGAAUUUACCUCGCGCGCUUUUCUUUGCGUUGAUAUUAGUGGUGUGUUCAUAUUUCUUCCCGAUACUAUGUGGGACCGGUGCGAUUGCGGUCGAUCGCGAUGUUUGGACUGACGGUUAUUUCUCCGACGUCGCGAAAAUACUAGGAGGGGCUUGGUUGAGUUGGUGGGUGCAAGGAUCAGCCGCGAUGUCGAACAUGGGAAUGUUUGUGGCCGAAAUGAGCGGAGACUCGUUUCAGCUUUUGGGUAUGGCCGAAAGAGGUUUGUUACCAGAGUUCUUUGCGAAGCGUUCGCGAUACGGGACACCUUUGAUCGGGAUCUUGUUUUCGGCAUCAGGUGUGAUUUUGCUAUCUUGGUUGAGUUUUCAGGAGAUUGUGGCUGCGGAGAAUUUCUUGUACUGUUUCGGGAUGUUUUUGGAGUUUAUAUCGUUCAUACGUCUACGGAUUAAGCAUCCAAAUCUGGCUCGACCUUAUAAGAUUCCAGGGGGGACGGUUGUGGCGGUUAUGAUUUGUAUUCCUCCGACGGUUUUGAUCUGUAUCGUUUUGGCUUUGUCGUCUCUUAAGGUUUUCGUUGUUAGUACUGUUGCAAUUAUUGUUGGAUUGAUUAUUCAUCCUUGUUUGAAGUUUGUGGAGAAGAAGAAGUGGGUUAAGUUUUCGAUUAGGGAGGAUCUUCCUGAUCUUCCCGGGGAGAGUUCCGAAUCGUUGAUUCGAUGAGUUCUCGAUUGAAUGGAAGUAAUGACACGACAUGAUAAGUAAAAUUGUUGUUGUUUUCAAGAGAGUUCGUGCAUGUAUAUGGUUAGAUGAAAAUGGAUUCGUUUUUUCUUAUGGAUUUUGUUUGAUUUGGUCACAAUUGUAGUAUUAUUAACAGUUAAAUGACCUUUUCCGAAAAGAUGUUUUAAACUUUUGGAUCAAAUGUUUAGUGUAAUGAGUAUAUUUUAAG